UAAACCACAAUAUGUUAAUGCGCAUGACAGAAGAUUUCAUAAGAUCAUGAUCAAAAGUGCAAACCGUAGGAAAUUUUGAAGUCAUUUUUAUGAUCCAGGAUCUAUUCGUGUGUAGGUUGUUCCACGAAUUACAGCCUUACUUACAUUACAGAUUGAGAAACUUCCAUGCAGCCUGGUCUGAAAAAAAAACCCACCGAUGGAUGUUGUAGAGGAAUUAAAACGAGGCUUAAAUGGUUCCAAAAAGUUUGUACCUUUUUGGUAUAAAUUUGACGAAACUGGAUGCAAUUAUUACAAUGAAAAUAUUCAGCAUAAUGAGUACUACUAUCUGCAUAAAUCUGAGAAACAGCUGAUCGGUGAAAAUGUUUUGGAUUUAAUGAAUACGGUAACACAACCAUUUUUACUAGCUGACUUGGGCUGUGGAACUGCAGAGAAAACCAAAUACUUUAUCGAUGAAUAUUUAACAAAAGAGUCAACACUGACGUACAUGCCGGUGGAUAUAUGUAAAGAUUCUGUCGAAACGACGAGCAGAACUCUGUCUGAGACCUAUGGCAAUCGGUUGAUCAUUGAUGGAAUAGCAGAAGAUUACCAUACAGUCAUUCCAAAAGUAUUAAAUUACCCUGGACAAAAGUUGAUAGUUUGGUUGAGUGGUUUAUUUAACCUCCCUUAUUCAGAGCAAAUCGCGCUGCUUUUAUUGGCCUCACAGCGUCUUAAUGAUAAUGACAGAUUACUGGUGACAUUUGAUAUAACACAGGAGAAAGAAACCAUAGAAAAUGCUUAUAUCGAUCCAUCAGGAUUUCUUGCAAAAGUCAAUUUGAACGUUUUACACAGACUAAACAAAGAGAUGGGUGCAAAUUUUGACGUUUCGCAAUAUAGAUACGAAGGAGAAUUUAUACUGGACAAAGACCAUACCAAACCAGGAAAUAUGCAUAGAUGGUUAAGGUCACUUUGUAAACAAACAUGUUCGAUAGAUGGUCUAAACAUGAAAGUUGAGUUUGAAAAGGGAGAAAAACUUCAGCUGAGUGAGGAAGGUGGAACAAGUUAUAAAUAUACAGAGAAUCAAUUAAACAUUUUAUUUGAAAGAUCUAAUUUGAAAAUAGUCAAGCUUUGGAAAAAUAAACACUGCGCCAUGGUUUUGUUAAAAAGCUCAUGAUGACCUCUGAUGUACAGUAGGCGGUCGAAUGCUGAACUGCCAAUGACAAAAUCCUUUAAUAGUCAGAUUUAUGUUUAAAUCAUUAACGGUGGAGUAAUGCAUAAUAACUCACUUCAUCUUUUGUCCGUUGUUGUGAGGCAUUUUUCAAUGAAUAAUAUAUUUAUAUUUCAAAAUAAAAGUAAUGCCACACAGUGUAGUUUAAUGAAUUAUUGUUCAAAUAUAAAACAGCUUGAAAUGGA